AUGGAUUACAACCCUGUUGCUCAGGUUGACGAUAAUGACGCUGCGUCUCAGUCAAGUGAUUCAGAUGUCGCAGAUCAUCCAGCUAAUUCGGGACAAAAAGCACACGAGUCGAUCGCGUUGGUCCAGCAGGGACUGGGUAACUUGAUCGACAGCAUACACAACAGCGACAAAACUCAGUCGUCUAGCUACGAGCUCGUCGAAGACGACGACUACGAAGAGCCCAUCGAACAAAACAACCCGGUCCCAGCGACUACAGAAAAUAGCGCUCGCCAAACUUCAACGGUUGCCGACUUGUCCACUGGCGCGGAGAUAGCACCACGAUCCACGUCGCCCGAGCCGCUAGUUCGUACCUCCAGCGACGUUUCCAUCCCAUUACGCCACCCUACCCCUGACUUGCAAUCUUUACAAGGCGCUUAUGUCGGAAAUAUCGAGAGGCUAGAGAAGAGCGCCGAGCGCCUCAGCAUGAGUUCUUCCGAUUUAGGGGUCGAGCUCCGUAAGCUAGAUCUCGAGCAGAAGCGGCGUUCUUCAGCUUCCUCGGCUUAUCAGGGACCUGAUUCUCCAUCGACGCGUCAGAUGUCAAUUGGCUCCUUGUCAAACUCCAUCAUUGCUGUCAAUUCUGCCGCUCGCUCUGGAGGAUAUUCCCCAGGCGGAUUCCUUACUUCCCCGCGUGGGUCAAUCAUCUCAGGUUCACGAUUUCGAUCUACCUCCGUCACCUCGCCGUUACAGGGGAUUCAGGAACCAAAACAGGAAGAGGAAAUGGUAUCCGAAGCAAUUAAUACCUUUGACGACAAAGACGUCCCUAUCUUGACGCCGCGUCCGCUGCCAGCUCAUGCCCGCCAAAAUGAAUUCGAAAUGCCUGGUCCGUACGCAGCUGAGGAACCGUUUCAGGAGGUACCUGAUCGCCCAUUGACUGCGCAGUCGACCGAUACCUAUCAGCAGGCGACCAAUCUUUUCCUCGACUUCGACGGCGUCCAUUUCGUUCCACACCCCAAAGACCCGGGUUCCACGCGCCGAUUGCCAUUGAACAGGCCACCAUUAGCGACAUCCGCCGAACCCCAUAAAGAACCCCAGGCUGGCCGAGAUAUGGUCUACUAUCCCGCUCCCAUACCCAAAUUCCUCAAUCUUCCGCAGCGUCUUUCGAAACAAUCCGCAAACCCCAAUAGCGAGAAACGUCGCACUCAAUUGCUGGAAAUGAUAAGCGCUACGGACAAGGAAGUAAAGGGCGAGGAAUCACACGAACAGCGUGUGAACAAGAAACUCUCAACCCUGCCUCCGCAACUACGAGCCAGUGUCUUUUUCGAUCAGCCGUCAUCCAAUCUCGGGUCUCUUGAGGUUCAAUUGAAGGAUAACUCUGCGGUUACUACUCUGGACAGUAUCUUAGAUGCUUCUACACAUGCGCCUGUGUCUGCAUUUACAGAUCAUCCCAUCGUUGGCAGUCCUGGAGGCAAAGUGUAUGGCUCGUCAGAUAAGAAACGCGCGUCUCGAUUGUUGGCUGGAAAAAAGGGUAGUAAAGGUGCACUCAGAUCAGGACCUGGACCUCGUGAGAGUGUACUCUUCGUCCCAGGCGAAGGAUUGCAUCCACAUUCUGACAAUGAGGCGGCCGAGAGAGACCCAAUGCAUCCUAAUGACUCUGAGCCUCACUCAGAGUCGUCGUCAGAUGAUGAAUCUAGUGGCACGCACGAUAGCGAGGAAGACACAGAGGGUGAUGAUGGCGAAGACGAAGAAGAUGAUGGUUUCAGUGAAGUCGAGCUGUUUGAUAAUGAUGAGCAAAUGCCAUUUGGUCGCCCAACAACACUUCUCGCGGAAUUAGAGAUGAGGAAACAGGAACAGAAACAACGCAACCGAUCAGCAGCCAAAGCUUUCCCCAAUGGGCUACACUCGACCUUGCUGCAACUCGACGCGGUUGCGCAAGCACAGAGCAAUAAACGACGACAGAAACAUGUUACUUUAGCUUGGGAGGCGGACGCCGCUGAAGACCCUGACGAUGCCGAUGAUGAAGAUAUUCCGCUUGGCAUAUUGUAUGGCAACAAGAACCCUGCGGCGGAAGAGCGUCCAUUGGGUCUCAUGGAACGUCGAGAGCUUGAAGAAAACGAGCCAUUGAGUAAACGUCGAGCAAGGCUCCGAGGAGAACCAGUUCCUUCGGCGAUGCCAAACAAACGGGCCAGCACCAUGACACAGCUCAAGUCAGUUGCUGCUGUAGAAUCGGACAGCGAUGAAGGCGAGACACUUGCUCAACGACUUCGUCGUCUCAAACAGGAGAAGAAAGACAAAACGAAGAGCGUCAUUUCGACUGAAUUUGAAGCCGAAAUCAUGAGUGAGCUUGGAAAAUUGUACGAGCCGGAUGAGCCUGAGACUAAAAAAGAAGAGUCGACCACUAAGCCAGCCGAGAAGACCGUUUCAAAAGAGGACGAUGAAGAGCAAGAGACACUGGCUCAACGAAAGAAACGCCUACAAGCCGAAGCUGCGCAGACACAGCAUACUCAGGCUCCGAGAAAUGUGCGGGCUACUCAGAGUAUGGCCAACAUCCUCUCGGCAUAUCCGGCAUCCCACGGUGGGUUCCCUGCGUCUCAUGCUCGUCAGCUGUCAUCGGCCCAUACCCAACGAUUGUCAACAGGGUUUUCUGUGCCACCUAGCAUGACCUUUCACGCGGGGCUUGUACAGACACCCAGUCUUCAUCCUUCAAUGCGUGGCUACGAAACUCAUCCGGUGUACGGAAACAUGCCAUACAAUACCGCAUUUAUGCCCGGUGGUGCAGGUAUGAACGCUUACGCCGGCGGCAUGCAACAUCCACACAAUGCAGCGAUGAUGCAGCAAGACAUUAUCGACCCGAGACAAGCAGAUGUCAUUGAUAGAUGGCGACAGAGCGUUGCCAGCUGUGCAACUGCUGAGUUGCUACCGCUGUCCUUGCUGCUACUUCUAGUUGCGUCAUCUUCGUGUUUUAGUGCGUCGUUAAAUGCGCGCAUUACGAGAGCUACUCGUCCGUCACUGUACCAUCGUGGAACGAGGCCCCCGGAAGCGUUGCCGGCAGCCUCUUCCUCUCUCUUUUUGGCUGCCAAAGCCGCGGGAUCCAUGCAAGUGAUGACAGGUACCGCCGAAAGAGGAUCGUCAUUCGCACUAGCCCAAGGCUCGAUGUUCUCUACCCAAUGUCUUGUUGCGAACCAUGAGGUUGACGGUAGUCAUAUUAGUACUGAGGUGACCGACCCAUUGAACGUCACUGAGAUUUCCCAGCUCUGGGCGAGUCCUCAGAUCGGAUUCAUUAACGAGGCGGACCAGAACACCGUGAACACCAUUCUGGAGAGCAUAAUAUAUGCCAUUGACGUUUUCACUCAGGGCAGGAGCACGAAAUUGCAGUUCACGUUCCUUAGCGACGCCCACUUUAGCCAGAGUCCCUUAGCGGAUUACGGGGAAGGAAGAUAUGCUAAGCUGCAGUCUGUGGCCGGAAAAUAUGAUCCGGCUGGUGUCUUCCAAAGAUUACUCCCUGGCGGAUUCAAGCUAUUCUAG